CAUUCCCUGCGGUACAUCUAUGUCGCUGUGUCAGAGCCCAGCCCAGGGGUUCCCCAGUACCUGUCGCUGGGAUAUGUGGAUGGGAACCCCUUCGUGCGCUACGACAGCGAGACUGAGCGGGUGCAGCCCCAGACACACUGGAUUGAGGCCAACGUGGCUCAGGAAUACUGGGAUAGGGAGAACCAGAUCGCGCGGACCAUUCGGGCUCACACACUGCAGUGGAUGUACGGCUGUGACCUCCUGGAUGACGGGAGCACCAGGGGGUACAGGCAGAACGCCUACGACGGGAAGGACUUCAUCGCCUUCGACAUGGGCACCAUGACGUUCAUCGCGGCGGAUGCGGCAGCACAGGUCACCAAGAGGAAGUGGGAACACGAUGGGAAUGUCGCUGAGCAGGAGAGGAGAGGUGAGGACAAGACGGGGCCACUGGGGCCGUGCGGGCACGUGGGCUGAUCCCUCACCACCAUCCCGUUCCCAGCCCCCCCCGUGGUCCAAGUGUCAGGAAAGGAGGAGGAGGACGGGAUCCUGACCCUGACGUGCCGCGCUCAUGGCUUCUACCCACGGCCCAUCAGCCUCAGCUGGCUGAAGGAUGGCGAGGUCCGGGACCAGGACACGUGGUGGGGCAGCAUCGCGCCCAACAGCGACGGCACCUACUACAUGUCGGCCUCCAUUGAGGUCAACCCCAGCGACAAGGACAGGUUCCGGUGCCAGGUGGAACACGCCAGCCUGCUCCAACCCGGCAUCUACGCUUGGGAGCCGCAGCCUGGGCAGUCCAUCACCCCGGUGGUGGCGGCCGUGGUCGUGGUCGUGGUCAUGGUCAUCAUCAUCAUCAUCGGGCUGAUCUGGAAGUACAAACAGAGUAAGGACCCGUGUCCAGCGAGGUGGAGGGAGAACAAGAACGAUGGCUACAAGACGGCCUCAGGCAAGGACAUGGGUCUUGUCAGCUCACCACCAG